AACACUUCUUCACUAUAUAACUUCAUUUUCAAGUACACACAUCUGAACCACACAUUUCAUUACCGCAGUGGUAACACCACUUGAACUCACUAGUUUUGCUUACUGAGUGGUACAUUGUAUAGCGGAGUACCCAGUUUCUACUUUUUUUCUUACAAUGGCUCUCCAAGCUGCUUCUUUGGUUCCUGCUUCUUUCUCCAUUCCUAAAGAGGGAAAAUCUAGUGCUUCUCUCAAGGACUCCACUUUGUUUGGUCUUUCAUUGUCAGAAUCUCUCAAAGCUGACUUCAGCUCUUCUGCAUUGAAGUACAAGAGGGAAUUCCAACAAAGAGCUGGUUCUGUGAGGGCUGAGACAGUGGCUACAACAACUCCAGCAGUUAACAAGUCUGCACCAGAAGGCAAGAAAACAUUGAGGAAGGGCAAUGUUGUGAUCACUGGAGCUUCCUCUGGAUUAGGCUUGGCCACUGCUAAGGCUUUGGCUGAGACAGGAAAAUGGCAUGUAAUUAUGGCCUGCAGGGAUUUCCUCAAAGCUGCAAGAGCUGCAAAAUCUGCUGGCAUAGCGAAGGAAAACUACACCAUCAUGCACUUAGACCUUGCCUCUCUUGACAGCGUUCGCCAAUUUGUAGAGAACUUCAGAAGACCAGACAUGCCACUUGAUGUGCUGGUUUGCAAUGCUGCUGUGUACUUACCAACUGCAAAGGAACCUACCUUCACUGCUGAUGGCUUUGAACUUAGUGUUGGGACAAACCAUCUAGGGCAUUUUCUCCUUGCGCGCCUGAUGCUUGAGGACUUGAACAAAUCUGAUUACCCUUCAAAGCGAUUGAUCAUCGUUGGUUCAAUCACAGGGAACACAAACACAUUGGCUGGAAAUGUACCUCCCAAGGCUAACCUUGGUGACUUGAGGGGACUUGCCGGUGGCUUGAAUGGACUAAACAGUUCAUCUAUGAUAGAUGGUGGAGACUUUGAUGGCGCCAAGGCAUACAAGGACAGCAAAGUGUGUAAUAUGCUCACAAUGCAAGAAUUCCACAGACGAUACCACGAGGAAACUGGAAUCACAUUUGCUUCACUCUACCCAGGUUGCAUUGCCACAACAGGCUUGUUUAGAGAGCACAUUCCCUUGUUCAGAACCCUCUUCCCUCCAUUCCAAAAGUACAUAACCAAAGGCUUUGUCUCAGAAGAUGAAGCAGGAAAGAGACUUGCUCAGGUUGUGAGUGAACCAAGCCUAACAAAGUCUGGUGUUUACUGGAGCUGGAAUAAAGCCUCAGCUUCAUUUGAAAACCAGCUGUCACAGGAAGCAAGUGAUGCAGAGAAGGCUCGUAAGGUGUGGGAGAUUAGUGAGAAACUUGUUGGUUUGGCCUAAGUGAGAGGAGAUUAGUGAUACCUUGCACUUGCAUGUGGGAAAAUGACAUCUCAGAAGAGUAGAUAUUCUAUCAUUUUGAGUGCGCUAAUGAUGUUUUGUUUGCUAGGAACUUUUUUUGGCUUUGAUGUAGGGUGUCAAAUGGCUUUUGUUCAUCAAGACUCACAAUAAAAUCAUUCAACCAUGUGGGUGUGGCGAAGUUGCUCAUAAACCUUCUGAAAUAACUGUGUAUAGUAACUACAAAUAGUAGUUUGAGGUGUUAUUUUCAUUGCCUAUCUUGGGUCUCAUUAAUUUUUUUUUUCAUUAAUAGUUAUUUAAGUGAACUCAAAAUCAAAUGGUUUAAUUAAGAUCUUGCUUCAUAACAAAUCAAUUGCACAAGCAACAUGCAGGAAGCACCAGAUAGGGGUUUUCUUCCUUUGAAAAAGUAGCAAGUUAAUUAGUUAGAUGGAAAUAUUAAUAAAAUUAUGAGUGGGAUAAUAAGUUUUUCAUACAUAAUCUUAUUUAUCUUGUUCUUUUUAUUUUCCCUUAGUGCUCACUGCAGAUCGUGUCUGAUUUAUUUUAGAAAAUUAUUAUUAUUUUUAAAUUCUCUCGAGAUAUUACUUAAAUUUUUUUUGUUAACCAAGAGAGAAGCUAACUGUAACAUUGUUUUUAAAGGUAUGGCAGAAUGAACCUAAUAGGUAAAAAAAAAAAGUUCUAUAUUCUAGCCUUGCGAUGUCAUAUAGCUACCCCUUAUUCUAAUUUAAUCAUAAAUUUUAAUCCUUACAAAAUAAGGGUGUUAAGAAUGUACUCCCUUUGACCUUUUUUAUUAAAAUUCUUUUUGAGAUUUUAGUUGAUCCUUGAUAUAAAAUCAUUUACAAAGUUUUAGAAACGAUUACUAUUUUUUUCCACAUAUUUACCUUAUAUUUUUUAACCUUUCAAACAUCUUAACAAUUAAUGUAAUAAUUGAGUUUAACUUUAAUUGAGGAUAAACAUGGAAUGCUAUUAUCAAUUUUUCAAAUGCCUAAUAUGAUAUUUAGAUACAGAUGAUCUUAGACCAAAAGGAAAAAACAUGAAGAGCUGGAACCAUGCAUCAUUGUUUACUCCGAUACAUAUCAUAUUACAUUUCAGAGCCAAAUUUCCGGAGUUGGUUUUUGUUCAUAUUUACAAAAUAUGUCAGAAUACAUCAUGUAUCAAGUGACUCAAAGUUCAUAGCCCGGGAACUUCGCCAUUUGUGGAUGAAUCAUGUCUAAACAGGUACAUGCCAUUCCUCCAAGACCUUCAAACAAGGAGUAAGGACGAUCUCCCCCGUGCAUCUUUCCUUCUGAGAUCAAUUUUUGUGCUCUAUCAAGAAGGAAACAAGCAAAUGCUUUAGCCUUGUACAAGUACUCCAUUUUUCCUGUCAAUCUGUACAAAGAAAGAAAGACAUAGGUGUUCCCACUUAUGCCAUGAGACAUUCCAACUCGCUUAAGCAGACCCCUAUUCCAUACUACUUCUCCUGCAUCUUCAGCUGCUUGCAAAAAUUCUGUGUCCCCAAAAACCUAAUGGUUAUGGUAAGGAAUCUAGUCAUGAGAUCUGAGCAUGUAUUUGAGAUGUCGGCAAAAGAAUAAUUGCAUAAAUUCUACUAUGUAAAACAAAAGCAACCCAGAAGCAGUAAAUAAUUCCAUGCUUGUACUCGGGAGUAUGACUUCUGAUGUAAAUAAAUUUGUUCAAAAAAUGAAUUACUCACAUUAUUUAGUAACUGAACCGCCCAUAAUUCAGUCUCCAUACCACCAUAAGCAUUAACUACUAUUAGUUAUUCAUAUUUUUCAAAUGAAACAAUAAACUACAAAAUCCAUUGCGACUAAAUUCAUGCAGAUCAUCAAUUUACCAGCUCCUUUACAUCUUAUAGACUCUGCACGCAGUUUGCAUUUGAAUCUGGCAACUAAAGAAAAUAUUACCUCAGCUGCUUUUACAAGUGUAAGAGCAACUCCAGGAGCACCAUGACACCAAUGCACAAGCCGGUCAGAUACACUUCCUUCACUGGAGAGAUAGUUGCCACUUGGAAAACGAUUCUUAAUCAUGUAACGUAGUGUACCCUUGACAUCUUCCACCUCAUGUGGCUUGAGUUCCAUGUCCAUCAAAACAUGCAUAAUUCCUGCAAGUCCAUGAGCAGCACCCCAAUAUUUCUUCCCAUGCCAUUCAUACAUCAAAGGACACCUUCCCUUGUGAGCCAAUUGUCUACCAGCUGUAAUAACUUCAUCUACAACUGAUCUCUAUAAAAUUUAAAAGCCCGUAUU